UCCACAACACCAUCCCCAUAACCAUCAACACCCCUCGCUCUUGGACUUUGUUCGUUCGAGAGUCUCUCCACACCGCCUCCUCCCCUUUCCGGUCUCCGCAUCUCCUUAAACCAAAACACAACCCACCGCAAUCAUGGGUCUCACAUUCUCGAAGCUCUUCGAUAAGCUCUGGGGAAAGAAGGAGAUGCGCAUUUUGAUGGUUGGUCUUGACGCAGCUGGAAAGACCACCAUUCUGUAUAAGCUCAAGCUCGGUGAAAUCGUCACCACCAUCCCUACCAUUGGUUUCAACGUCGAGACUGUCGAGUACAAGAACAUCCAGUUCACCGUGUGGGAUGUCGGAGGUCAAGACAAGAUCCGACCUCUCUGGAGACAUUACUUCCAGAACACCCAGGGUAUCAUCUUCGUCGUUGACAGCAACGAUCGUGAUCGUGUGGUCGAGGCUCGCGAGGAGCUCCAGCGCAUGUUGAACGAGGACGAGUUGAGGGACGCUCUUCUCUUGGUCUUCGCCAACAAGCAGGAUUUGCCCAACGCCAUGAACGCUGCUGAGAUCACCGACAAGCUUGGUCUUCACAGCCUCCGACAACGUGCUUGGUACAUCCAGUCGACUUGCGCCACAUCCGGAGACGGUCUCUACGAGGGUCUCGAAUGGUUGAGCAACUCGCUCCGCAAGGCUGGCCACAACUAAAGUGCACGAACGAGCGAAACGGCGUUCCACGACGACGUCUGCCGCGUGCGCGCCCAGACACGCUACCAACGACCACUUGUCCCAAAUUUAUCCCCCAAGCCCCCUUUAACUUCGACAAAUACGAACUCUCUUCACCCUCAAACAGUCAAAUCUGCCUGUCUCUGUGUGUGUGUGCGUGUGCGUGUGUGCUUUUGUGCGUGCAGUGUGUUUACAAAUCGGAUGGAAAUCUCUUUUUUUUU